AUGUACCCCGAACUGAAUGCACUGUCCAACGCAUAUGCGGUCGACAUGGCCAUUCAGCACGAGUCUGCGAGGAUCGUUGUAGUACGCUUCGGGCUCCCUGACACCGCUGCCUGCGCUGAGAUGGACGAGCUUCUUGCCGAAACGAUGGUGCGUCUGUCACGGAUGGCCAUCUUUUACACCGUUGACCGAAAUGUUGUGUCAGGAUUUGAUGAGCUGUAUGAGCUAGAGGAUGAUGAUUUUGCGCUCCUCUUCUAUUAUAGAGGAAGACGGAUGCAGUGUGAUUUCGGACGAUUUGGAAAGUACAAGUUGACCGUUGUCCCACCAAGCACAGACACCUUCAUUGACGUGAUCAGCGAAUUGUACUAUAAUGCGCAGCUGGGACGGUUUAGCUGUACGUCUCCCUGGCAGCCAUGA